AUGGAAGCCCAUCAAAGUCAUUGUAUAUUCCGCUUUCCAGAAGAAAAUAUUGAAAUUUCUUCUGAUUUCGAUUCAGGUAAUUUAAUCCGAGCUGAAAAGCAAGAACCUACAAAAUUUUUCUUAUGAAUAUGUACAGAUUCUCCUAAUACAAAUGCGAGAGGUUGAUUCUAUUUCAAAGUUUCUGUCUCAGAACUCCAAACUCUAACUUUCCAUGUGAAAAAUAUUGGAAACUUGACUAAUCUCUAUAAGUUUGGCUUUCGACCUGUUUUCUCUUAUGACAAACAAAAUUGGGAAAGAAUCACAUCUGAUUUCACUGCAGUGCCAACCCCUGAAGGUACAGAAAUUUCUUUUUCCCAUUACUUCGCUGAAGAUUCUGCUUAUUUUGCAUUUACCUAUCCGUGAAGUUAUGAAGACAAUCAAAAUUUCUUAGACAGCAUUUCUAACCCAAAUAUAUAUAUUUUUAGAGAAAAUUUGAUCUCAAGUGUAGAAGGCAGAAAGUGCGACUAUUUAGCCAUCUCGUCUUUCAAAGGAAUUUUAGAAACGGAUAUGAUGUCUAAUGGACCAAAAGAGUUUUCAGAAAAACAAUUAAUCGUAAUCUCUGCAAGGGUGCAUGCAGCUGAGUCAGGAAGCUCGUUCAUGAUGAAUGGACUUAUUAAAUUUCUGCUAUCAGAAGAUCCUCGCGCUAUAGAAUUAUUAGACAACUUUGUAUUUUUGCUAGUCCCAAUGCUGAAUCCAGACGGUGUUUACAAAGGAAAUAUGAGAUUUGAUACUUUAGGGCAAAAUUUAAAUCGAUUUUAUUCUGAUCCUAUAAUUUCUUUACACCCUACAAUUUUUGCGAUAAAAGAGUUAAUAGUCCAUAAUAAAGAAAGGAUUUUUUGUUACAUAGAUUUACAUGCCCAUGCCUCAAUCAAAGGAAUUUUUAUAUUUGGAAAUUAUAUGAAUGACUUCAAAAAGCAAGUAGAAACUUGCUUAUUCCCUAAAUUAAUGGAAAUAAAUAACGUUAAUUUUCACUGGGAACAAUGCAAUUUUAGUGAUGAAAAUAUGAAAGCCCAUGAUAAAAAUGGAGAUUCAAGAGAAGGCAGUGGAAGAGUAGGAAUUUUCAAAGCAGCAGGGUUGCUGAGGUGCUAUACAUUAGAGUGCAAUUAUCAUUCUGGGAUAACAACAAAUAAUAUACCAUCACCGGGAAUAGAAGAAUCACUAAUUGAUGACCGAAACAGUGUAAUUUAUAAUAAUGGGUCGCCAGCUUAUGAUAUUAAAAUUUUUGAAAAUGUUGGAAAGUCUAUAUGUGUCUCAAUACUUGAUUUGAUAGAAAAAAAUCAAUAUUCAAGGCUUAGGGUUACAGAGUUUCAGAGUAUAGAGGAUUUUAAAGUGCAUGUAGCAGAAAAUGUAGCCAAGCUGGUACCAUAUCGAUAUUUUAAUGAAAUUAGGAAGAUUGGAAAAAAUAAGAAUGCUUUGAGGGAGCUAUUAUGUAAGAAGGAAGAAAAAGAGGGCAAUGAAAAUAAAGCAAUAGCUGAAGAAAUAAAGGUUAAUGAGAACCUUUAA